AUGGAGAAACCCAAGCGAGUUCUUCCAUUCAAGAAGCGAGCAGCUCCUCGGAAUUCCGAUACGCCUGCAGAGAACAAGACUACAGACGAUGAUUCCACUAGCAUGUUCCGCAAGCGUUCCAACAAGUACUUUGAGGAUGCCGAGAGAAAAGCCGCUGAGAAAGCAGCUCUUCAGGAAAAGGCACGCCGGGAGAAGAAUAAUGCAGAUGCAGACAAUGAAGCCAAGGAGCAGCUCUCGAGAAAGUCAUCCAAGUCUGGAACAAAUUCAACGCCCCGACGAGGCUCCAAACGACAUCGCAUGUCACUUUCGGACGACGAAGAUGACAGCGAGAUCAAUUCUCCCACCCCAUCUUCCCGCAAGUCGUCUCGAUUCAGCAGCACACAGUCGCCGAGCCGAUCACGAGACAGUAUCAAAAAGUCGAAGCGGCCACACUCAAAGUCAUUAGGAUCAAGCAAGCCACCCUCGACCCAGGUCAUCUCACUAGACAGCGACGAUGACGACCCCUUUACAACUACAACAACAAGAGCAAAGGACAAGGGCAAGGAAAAGAUGAGCCCACUACCUACGAACGGCUCAGACGUGCCACCAUCGGCGCAAGCUCUGCACCACAGCGACGUCGAGGACGACACGCCAGUCGACGGUAGCCUGCACGAUCCUGAUCCUGACGACAUUGGAGCUGCCUACAUUCGCUCUGCCCAGGAACGAGCCAUGAAGAGAAGAGCAGUGCUCGAGGCUGAAGAGGCUCGGGUCGUCCCGGCCGUUGAAGUCAUGAUAGAAUCCAAAUUACCAGGUAUUCCACCUCUCAAGGUGAAGAUCCAGAUCAACAAGAGGAUAAGCAUGAUGAAGGAAGCCUGGAGGAACUAUGUCAAGAAAAGGCUCGAUGAAUUACCGUCAAUCACACCUGCCAUCAUUGACAGUGUAUUCCUCACCUGGAAAGAGAUGAAGAUUCAGGAGGUCCUCACACUCGAGCGACUGGGCAUAACGCCCGACAGCCAGGGUAACAUUACUCCCCAAACACCAAAACUUGAAAAUGUAUACGCUAGCCGGGACAAGGUCCAUCUCGAGGCAUGGACUCCAGAGCUUUAUGAGAAGCACAAUCUCGAGAAGGAGAGAGAGCGUAAGCGCAACUUGGGCGAGCUCGAUGAUGAACCAGUGGCCGAGGAAGAACCUGAACCAGAGACCCCGACUCCAAAAUCGAUUAGGAUCAUUUUGAAGUCUAGAAACUACGAGAACAUGGGGCUCAACGUGCCACUGGAUAUCACAGUCGGCAAGGUUGUCCAGGCUUUCCGUAAGAAGCACGGUUUAGACCAUGAAAAGGUGAUCAAGCUUCAUUUCGAUGGUGAGAUUCUCACGGAAGAAGAGACGAUGGAUGGUAUUGGCGUAGAAGACAUGGACUCUCUGGAGGUUCAUAUCACGGAUCCCUGA